AUGCUAGCAGCGUUCAAGAUGAUUUCAGACCAGACGUGUAUCCUCUUCCACGAAUACACCAAUGAGAUGAACUACAUAGAGUUCAUCUCUGGGACAGGCUGUGCGUCGUAUGUAGGUUUUCAGGGCGGGGCCCAGCCUCUGUACUUCGGUAGAGGCUGUAACGUGGGGAACCUGUGUCAUGAGCUGAUGCAUGCCCUGGGCCUGCACCACGAGCACACACAGCCAGACCGUGACCAAUUCGUCACCAUACAGUGGGACAACGUGGUCUCAGGAAAAGAAGAUAACUUUAAGGUGAAGGAAGGAGACACUCAGGACCUGCCCUAUGACUACGACUCCAUAAUGCACUACGGAAUGUACUACUUCUCAUCAAACCGGAACCCCACUAUUGACUCCAAGAAGAGUGGAGUCCAGAUUGGACAGAGAAAUCACCUGAGCCCCCUGGACAUAGCACGCCUUAACAAACUCUAUCAAUGUGAAUAACAAUGCACAGUUUAGCAUUUAUUACACCAUGGAAGAAGAUUCCAACACCAC